GGGUGCGGAAAACAUGUGCCCGGCAGUGACGUCCGGAUUGGUUUGCCCCAGUUCUGACUGAGAAUCGUGACAUUUUGUUUGUCUGCUAUUGGAAAUCAACCAUCAAGAAUCCCUACAGGAAAAGUAGGACCGAUUUGGCGCAAAUCCGCUGCUGACCAGAGGUGCAGACAAGACAACAAUAUCAGCAUGGAUAUAAACUAUGCUGAAGAACAGGAAAAUGAGCUGGAAGCACUUCAGUCAAUAUAUCCAGAUGAACUAGAAGUGGUGGGGCCUGGCCAGUACCAGAUCGCCGUCAAGAGCAUGGACUACGACCUGGAUCCGGCGGCUGGCUGCCGCUGCCUGCUGGCCAUCACAUGCCCGGCUCGCUACCCGGACGAGGCGCCCCAGAUCGACAUCCUGGAGGAGCCCGAAAACUGCGUGCCGCUGGAGGUGGAGCAGCUGAUGGAGACACUGCAGGCCGAGGCCGAGGCCAACCUGGGCAUGGUGAUGGUGUUCACCAUCGCGUCGGCCGCCAGCGAGUGGCUCAACAACCACUGCGACGAGCUGCGGCGGCGCAAGGAGGAGGAGGCCGAGCGGGUCAAGCGCGAGCUGGAGGAGGCCGAGCGGAAACGCUUCGAAGGCACGCGCGUCUCCGUGGAGACGUUCCUCAAGUGGAAGGAGGGCUUCGAGAAGGAGAUGAGCGCGAUGCGGGCGCAGAAGGCCCGCGAUCUGGAGGCGGCGCGCCGCAACAAGCUGUCGGGACGCGAGCUCUUCCUCAAGGACACCACCCUGGUCGACUCGGACAUCAAGUUCCUGGAGGACGCUGGCGAGGAUGUGAAAGUGGAUGAGUCUCUCUUCCAAGAUCUGGAGGACUUGGACCUGGAGGACGACGAGCUAGCGGAGUUGAGUGAUACGUGAUUGACAUGUAGACACGGACCACCGUCAUCACGGCUUUGGACGACACGGACCACCGUCAUCACGGCUUUGGACGAACAUUCGUGCAAAGGUGUCGGACGUGGCGUUGCGCCUCCAUAGCGGUGCCAUCUAGCGACGGCUUCUGCAACUAAAGCUGUGCCUUAUCGGCACGUGUGGACGUAUUCGAAUUGAUUCUAGAAUGUUCCUCGCGAUGAUGCAGUCGUAAAAAUUGCAUUUUGAAGUGUGACUGGUGAGAAAAUGUCUCCAUGUUGUCGACUAUACUGGAGUUUUUCUUCCUGUCUCUCGCGGAUGGGAAGCUGAUGUCUACACAUGGCCCAUGUGCUGUUAGGGAUUGAUGGUAUGGAAGGUAAUGUUGUGCUGGGUACCGAACUUGUUUCCGUCGUGUGCUGCAUCGCGCAGCUGUGCUACUGUUUUGCUGUGCGAAAAACCGUGGCUUGGUGCCUCGACUUUAGGCGUUGAACAUCCCGACCACGUUGUGACGUUGCAAUGCUUUUGACAACGUGUACUAGCGGGUUAAUACAGCGGCAUGGUUCUAUGCCAGGUUUA